CUCUCUAAUAACUUUUCUGAGCUUACAAAAAGUGAAGUGGUUGAGGAUGAGAGGACAGAUGGUGCUACGGCUCUCCCACUGACAGACCACAAAACACCAAAGAAUCCCAAAUUUGUAUUCUUCCAUACUGUUUCAUUUUCAGACACUUGCUUUGAGGAGUCUUCUCAAGAGGCAGAAAGAAGAACGCUUUUCAUUUUCCUUAUUUCUAGAAGCAAGUCAAUUUUAACCUGCAAUGUCUCUGAGAGGUGAAGUGUGUGUGGUGACGGGAGCCUGUGGAUUCCUGGGAGAGAGGCUGGUGAGGCUGCUGCUGGAGGAAGAGAAAACGGCUGAGAUCCGACUGCUGGACAAACGCAUACAGCUGCAAGUUUUACAGAGUCUGGAGGAUUGUAGAGGCGAUACCAAACUGACCCCAUUUGAAGGGGACAUCCAAGAUGCUGAUUUCCUGAGAAAAGCCUGUCGAGGCGCAUCAAUGGUCUUCCACAUUGCAGCCAUCAUUGAUGUUACUGAUUCAGUGGAGUACAGUGAGAUAUAUGGGGUCAAUGUUAAAGGAACACAGCUGCUGCUGGAGGCAUGUAUCCAAGAAAAUGUGUCAACCUUUAUCUACACCAGCACUGUGGAAGUGAUGGGUCCAAACCCCAGGGGAGAUCCUUUAAUCAAGGGCAACGAGGACACAGUUUAUUCCAGCAGUCUCAAGUUCAACUACAGCAAGACCAAAAAGGAUGCAGAGGAGAGAACCCUGCAGGCUCAUGGUGAGGUGCUCCAAAGCGGAGGCCGACUGGCAACAUGUGCGCUCAGACCUAUGUACAUCUAUGGGGAGGGCUCCCACUUCCUGCUGGGCCACAUGGACGACGGGAUACGAAACAGGGAUGUUCUGUUACGUAUGUCUGUAAAAGAGGCUCUUGUGAAUCCUGUCUAUGUGGGCAACGUAGCCUUCGCCCACCUCCAAGCUGCCCGCAGCCUGAUAGAUCCACAAAAAAGAAACACUGUUGGCGGAAAGUUUUACUUCAUUUCUGAUGACACGCCACCUGUGAGUUAUUCAGACUUCAACCACGCCGUUAUGUCUCCUCUGGGCUUCAGCAUCCAAGAGAAACUCCCGGUGCCACUCCGCUUCUUCUACAUCUUCUGCUUCUUUUUGGAGACACUGUGCAUGAUACUGCGGCCUUUCAUACGCAUCACCCCUCCACUGAACAGACAGCUUCUCACCAUGUUGAACACAACAUUCACCUUCUCAUAUCAGAAAGCAAAGAAUGACCUGGGAUAUGUCCCUAGAUACAGCUGGGAGGAAGCACGUAAAUGCACCACUGAAUGGCUUGCCUCACAGCUACCAAUGGAGAGGGAAAAAAUAAUGUCCAAAUAAUUUAUUAACUAAAUCAGAAACAACACCCGCUUUGUACAAAUAUGUUUCUCUGCAUGUACAAUUGCCAUGCAAUAGCAGAAAGCAGUAAAUAUGAGGGAGUUACUCAUAUGAAUAAUGUUACUGGCGAUUUCUGUGUCAACAAAGUCAAGGACUCCCACAUUUAAGGGGCAGUUUUUAGCUGCAGAUAAACUGCAUAUGUUUAUUUAGUCAUUUUUAUUUCAUGGAUAUUUACCUAACCUUCAGUGAGAGCUAAUUUAAGAUCAGAUAGGCAUCAGCAUUAUUAUUAUCUGCUUAAGAAAGAGGAGGUUAAGAAUUGUUAAAUGUUUAAAACCCCAAGUUUAUCUCACUGCUAGUGCUGUGCAUAUUAAUAAAAUUGAAGAGGAAUACCUCAUUCUCGUGUUUUCAUUUGCAAAAUGUUCUGUGCACUUAUCAGAAAGGCAUUACAGUUGAAUGAGAUCAAGUUAUAAUA